GCUCAUGUGGGAGAGGAAACGAGAAUCACAUAACAUGUGAGAAGAGCUCGUUGCCAUGCAACCAAGGACGCCGGAAACUCGUAUCCGGUAGGUAAUCGUAUUGUUUUGUGUGUGAUAUUUCACUAUUUCAGCUACUUGAGUAAAAACAGUGAACCUGUCGAGUUGUGUAUUUUCAGAACGCACCUAUUGUGGUGGCUAUCAUAACAGUGUGUUUUUGUAUUCAAAUUCGCAGAAAUUUGUGCAAAUAUUUGUUCGUAUACAUAUGUAUAAUUCAUGUUGUAGAAGCGGUACGAUUUGAUUUGACUCUUUCGACAUGGGCGACAUCGAAGAAUAUCCGUUUAGUUUCAUAAAUACGAGUACACCGGCAUGCCUACAGCUCUUGGCGUCAUCCGGGGUGGCGUUAAUGUUAUGGCAAUGCAAGUACUAUUUGAAUGGCAUUCCCCUCAGAUUGUUUAUGAAACUGCAGGAACCAAGAUUCAGCUGCGACGAAAUGCUCGUCAUCCCCUCUCGUUUCAAAGCCGAGAUCGACAAAAAAAUCAUCACGAUUCACAAAGAACUAAGAAUCUGGCUCAACGAUGGAGAUUAUCGAUAUGAUUUGUCCACGUGUUUCAAGCAUAUCGUUAUCAAUGCUUCCGGUCGUAUUGAUUACAAAGCAACUGCGGUGAAUAUUUUGAAUUCGGGCGAUUUGAGCGACGACUUGAUGAGUUAUCGAAUGGCUUGUCGGUUUUGUUUGGAAGAUCAAAUCAAACGAAUCUGGCCUUCGGUCGCGGAAGUUAAUAAACGACUACGAUUAGAUGAAAUUACAGAUCCAAUUGAAUUUGAUUUAGUGUUUUACUGGACUGGUCGUUAUGUGAGAUCGAAUGAGGAUUCGAUCCACACUGAUUGUAGAGUUCUGUCCGUGAUCGAUAAUACACCGCCCAAUCGUCCAGCGCUCGAAUAUUUUUGGAAAAUGUUACCCGUUGAACAGAGAAUAUCUACAGUUAUUUCAUCGCUUAAAAAAGGCGACUACAGUGCUACGAAAGUUUUACUACCUACAUUGAAUCGAAUCCACGCUGAAAAGGUAUUCCAAGUUGCGACUGCUGAAGUUGUACGUUUUCUCGUAUCAUCGAACGAUGACUAUUUACCGCACGUGUAUCAAUUGUGGACUGCGAUGAAACACACUACAGUUUUGGAGAAAAAAUCAAGCUUCUCCGCCAUCGUACGCGGAUUAUGGCCGUUGGCUGACAGUCGGUGUAUAGGAUGGCGCCUGAGCUACGCUCGAUGCGAUCAAAUUAACGAUGCUUUGCUGCAAAUCUGGUCCAGUGCUGAGGAUGAAUUGAAGGAUUACGUUUCGAAUAGCGAUAAUAUAGUGUAUUUUUUCAACCGAUUGGACGCCGGCUCGGCUAAUAUUUUCUGUUGUUACGGUCACGAUGCGAUAUUUCUGUUAGAUCUACUAGAAAGAUCGAGAGAUUUGGAUAAAGAACAGUUUUGGCGACAUUAUUGGCGUAGAUUGGCGUUACUUGUGAAGCCUUCGUGUCUGGAACGCUUGAUGAGAUUAUGUUUACCGAACGACGACGAUGCCAUCGAGGUUUUCAAAAGCCAGCUACUGGAUUUCACAAAUCUUUUCGAAUCGUUGAUCAAAGAAGGAUUUUAUUCACACUUGAGAGAUUAUCUGUUGUUUUGUUCGAAGGAUGCGAUACAGUUUCAACGACUGAGCAAGGACAUUCUCGAGUCAAAUCUCGACGCUAUUUUACUACACGAUGACGACAAAUUCGCCGAAUUUGACCGGUUCGUUAGCGAACUAUUUUUGAACGUGGAAAAGGAUGCCGAUGAAUUCAAAGUGCAGAUUAUCUCGUCUGCCGAAGGUCUGAAAUGUCUGCUCUCUACGCGUCUUGCUGAUGGCAGUGGCACUCGUUUAAGCGAUUUUGGCCGCAUUAUCAGCCGCUUUACUAGAAAUGAACGACAAUUACAUUUGGUGAAAAAUAAAUUAUGGGCGACGUGGAAGAUGGACACCGCUUACGUCGACCAAUUAAACGCUGACCAAUGGCGAAGCUUUCUGGAAUGGUGUGCUGUCGAUAGUGAAGAACUUACAGCUUUCAAAAGCUCAUUAAAUUUGGACAGGAUUUUCGUCACGCGCCUGACUCAGUAUUUCAAUGGUGAAGCGGAUGAAGUAUUGGAAUUCCUGGAUACGUUUUUGAAGUGGUAUUAUACUAACGAAGAAGAUGUAAAGAAUUUCAAAUUGGAUGUAAUUAAAAAUUACAAGCGAAUCGAUGUAUUUUGUGCCAAGUUGGAAAGUAACAAUGAACGUGAUCGUCGUUUAAUGAAUGAAUUGUUUCGGUGGUUUUUGAGAUGGUAAUAUAAGGUCUAUCGAAAAUGUUUGCGAAUCGUACAGUUCUCAAAUGAUUUGUUUGUUUCUAGAAUAGAAACGAAAAUUAAGUUUUAAAAAGUACGUAUGCAUAAAUUGUAAACGUUUAUUCCAAGUUUUACUUUUGUAAUGUUUUGUGUUUCAUUCAUUUAGAAAAGUAAUAAAAUAUAGAACAUA